AUGUCAGAUCCAGGGUCAGUCUCGUCAAGCCAGGGAUUUCGGCGCCUGCUUCCCGCCGUAUCGGCUCCAAACUCUUCCACAUCAACACAAUCCUCCAUCAAGUUACCUCCCAAACGGGCCCCGGUGCUUGCAGCCUGUAAUACUUGCAAAAAGCGGAAAAUCAGAUGUUCCGGCACUCGACCGGUAUGCGAUAGUUGCCAAAAGCGUAAUGUUCCAUGCGAAUACGAGACGGUGCCGUGGGAAACAGCUUCACAGGCUUUGAAAAGAAAACACGAGGAUAGUCACACCGAAGCUUCAGUAUAUAAGGAGCUUUUCAGUAUCCUGCGAAAAGUGCCCGAGAACGAGGCGCAGGAUAUUACGCGUAGAAUAAGGAGCGGAGCUGAUCCUGCCAGUGUGGUACAACGUUUCCAAAGCGCGGACCUUUUGCUUCAGCUUGCCGUCACCCCUGAGACGCGGUUGCGGUAUGAGUUCCCUUAUUUGAAAGAGAUGCCGCCGAGUCUUGCCAGAGAUAACCCUUAUCUGGAUUCUCUAAUCUAUGAAUCGACUUAUCUGUACUCAAACCCUGCAAAAAGGCGUUUGCCGCCCAAAGGGGCUGCUGGUUCCCUUCUCAAGGACGCGCAGUCCAAUGAUCAGAGUCCAUAUCUCAAGCCAAUACAUGCAGCAGAAGUCAUUGAGCCCAAACUUUCAGCCGCGAAGCCAUCACACUGGACGGGCGUCUGCAAUGACGAUGCCUUGAUGCGAGAGCUUCUGGGAUUCUUCUUCCGGUCCGAAUAUAGUUACCACUGCUUGUUCCAAAAGGAUCUAUUCUUGGAGGACUUGAUCUCUAAAAACACUGACUUCUGCUCCUCCUUGUUGGUUAAUGCGGUCCUUGCGUAUGCAUGUAUUUGCUAUUCAGAGAUGAAAAACCGAGGCGAGUACUGGAACCCUUCGAGUUUAUCCUACCGGUUUCUCGCCGAAACGAGGAGACUCUGGGAGCUAGAGGCUGAGGUGGCACUGGUUACCACUAUUCAGGCCGGCACCAUCCUGACCAAUAUCUAUGCCAUUUGCGGGCUAGACAAAUUUGGAAGAGCUUACAGCCUCCAGUCUAUCGUGCUAGCUGACAAGCUUGGCUUAUUUGAGCAUGACGAGAAAUUAGACAAGAGGACAAGAGAUGGAAGAGAAUUUACAGCUUGGAUGUUAUUCAUGUUUGAGACUACUCUCGCAUAUCAUUACAUGCAUUCACCUCUUAUCACACAACCACCCAACCCUCCACCGCCUCCUUCAGUAGACACAAAGUGGUACGGUGAGAUCACUGUUCGAUAUCCGCUUUCAGAUUCACUGUGGCCCAUCCACUUUGGAGAAUAUUUCAUAGCUAGAUGCCGCUUUUUUGUCAUCAUCAACGAAGUCUGUCAAGCAGCCUUUGCAGAGGAUGCAGCCCUGACUUUGGAGCAAGCCAAUAAUUUUCAUAUUCGGAUGAAGGAUUGGUACCAGACACUGCCCCAAUGCCUGAAGCCGAGGUACAUCUUUCACCCAAACCAUUUUCAAUUACAUUUCUACUACUUCAAUCUCUUGACUACUAUAUACGAGCCAUUUACCGCUGCUAGAAGCCAAGAGACACCUCCGCAGGGUUUCGUGACCGAGGCUACCAAAUACAUACACACGCUUAUUCGAAUAUAUUAUCUCCGACACUCAUUCCAAACUACCGAUGUGUUUUUGACACAGCCCCUAGCCCUUGUUGGAUUCGCAUGUUUACGUCUCAUCGGGAAUGAGAUAACGGAAGCGGACCUUGAAGUCGCUCGGGGCAUGUUAUUCCUUGUAACAAAAGGCCUUCAUGACCAAGGCCGCAGCUUCCAUGUAGCAGAGACUGUCUACCGAGUAAUCCAGGGACAGAUGCGUGCUGAAGAGGCUACACUGAUGGAAAGGAUAUCGAGAAUGGAGGAAGGUAGUGAAAAGUCCAAGCAAAGUAUGUUGCAGGCUGUUCACAGCUCGUGGCCAGUUAGUGUUGUCAGCAAGACCGAGACCGAUGAUUUAGAAAUGGGCAAGUUGACGAGACUUGUCAAGCGGUUUACUUUCGGCAAGGGGCCCCUGCUCGUCUUCAUCCCCGGAGCCGAUGGUCGCGGCAGCAUCUUCCACUCCGCCGCCCAAAUUCUUUCCGCUCACUUCACUGUUGUCUGCUGGGAUCGUCGUGGAUAUUCACAAAGUUUUCUCGUUGGCAAGCAAGAUUUCGAACACCGUCUGCAAACCGAUGCCGAUGACGCGCAACGGUUGAUCGAGCACCUGUCUGAGAAUGGGACCGCUGUUGUGUACGGAACCUCCUCCGGUGCUAUAGUGGCCCAGCAGCUGCUAGCCAGUCAUCCAGAUUGUGUCACAAAGCUCGUUGCCCACGAACCGCCCGCAUUCGCCGUCCUUCCCGAAGAAUUCCAGCAGCAGGCGACUGGACUGAUGAACCACAUCUACAACACAUACAAGGCUCAUGGCCCCGACGAAGCUAUGCAGGUCUUUGCCUCAGGCAUUUCCGAAGGCCCUGAUGCAGACAUGAUGCGCCAUUGUAUGGACGCAAAACGCAGUGAUGAGAUCCGCGCAAAUUGUCUCUUUUGGUUCGAGUUUGAGCUGAGACAGUAUACAAGUGCCAAGGUUGACGUUGAACGUCUUGCUGGGGCAAAAGAAAAGUUGAUUCUUGUUGCGGGAGAGGAUAGCGGCGACGGGCCAGGUGUAGGACCAGUCAAGGGCAUCGCUAUGCAGUUGGGUAAAGAAGUUUUUAGAAUUCCUGGCGGCCACCUGGGUCACAUGGUGGUUCCUGAAUUAUUUGCAAAGAAGCUAUUAGAGUUAUUCCGUCAAUAG